CCAUGUCACCGUAGCUUCCUGCGGAGGGAGGAUGAGAAAGCGCUCCGCCGCGCAGCUGCACACUAUCACCGUCCUGUGUCAGACAUCCACAACAACACCACGCCCUGCCAACGGGUACUGCGAAGACAUUGCACACGCUGGACGCUGUCAAUCCGUUCGCUUGGCGCUAACAAACGGUGCCGAACUGACUGCCAUCCCCGGUGGAAAGAGCGGCCGGCAACACGAGCCUCUGGAGAUUUCACCACAUCACCGCCUUCCUCUUGCCUAUUCCUAUCUGAAGCCCUGUCUACGCGGCACAAAUACGCCACGGACCACACUCCAGGACAUCGUCUUCCGCAGGCCAUUCACUGCUCAGCGAUUGCGCAAUCCUAGCGUUCCAAAUGGUUUCGCUAGGCCUCUACGACUUCUAGGAAUGGGAAGCGGUAGAGACGACACUGCCAUGGAGCGUGAGACGGUAUGCUUCCCCAAGCAUGGCACGCAAAGCGUUUUGCAGCAUGGAGAUGCAGGAUUCCAGGAUGAAACCCUUCGCUGGUACUCCAACGCGGAGAGCACUGCCUUGGAACGUCUAAUUGCAUUGAAGCGUGAGCUACGAGGGACUCCACGAGACGACUUCUGGUCUGCAGUCACGGAAGGCAUGUCACAGCUUUUGGGCGCCGACAUCUGUUUCGUGAUGAAGAGAGUCUUGGUCGAUGAGCAAGAAGUUCCCGUCGAAAUGCCACCCAUGGGAGAACCCGGGAGCUGCAUCAUGGCUGCCGCUUUACAUUACCACGCCACGGAUGGCUCCAAGAGUACUGUCAAGUCGACCAAGUUUCACGCAUAUGGCUGUCCUUGUGCGUACAUGCGACAUGACAAAGUAUUCGUGAUCCCAGAGAAACUGGGCGAAUUCAUCACCAAUAAUCCUAAUGCUCUGCCUACGUCCUGCGAGGCAUACAUCGCUGUGCCACUGUUCGAUGAUGGCAAGUGCUUUGGUCACUUUGGAGCGAUGUGGUCCGCCGAACGCGCAGCACAGAGGCAACUAUCUUGGGCAUCGAUCGAAAUGCUCAUGCACUCGCUGGAGGACAUGAUCAGCGCCAGGUUCUUGGAGGGCGCCAACUUCAUCGCGCAAGCCAAACCCACAGCUCCGGAGAAGACCCGAGUUAUCCCUCAUGAUGCAGUGACCGUUGCACAGUCACUACGACCAUACGCCGGGAGCUUGUCACACGAGCUGAGGACUCCUAUGCAAGGCAUCGUGGGUAUGCUGGACGUCAUGUACACGACCGUGGAGGAAUGCGUCGAUUCAUCCAUCGAUCCAAAAGUGAAAGCCGUCUUCGAGCAGCUCAAGCAAAAUAUCGAGAUAGUGCAGGACAGCUCACGAAGAGCAGUGGAAGCUGCAGACAACGUCGUGCACGCCUAUGACAUGGACAUGUCGCUGCCUGAUGCACCCGCUCCGCUCCUCGAUGAGCCGAGCGAAUCGUACUCGCCCUUCACGAAAACAACCGACAAGAGGCCUGAGAUCAUUGUAGCCGGCAGCAACCUACCUCUUCACCGACCCAACAAGCGUCGUCGAGACGAAGCUUUCAACCAAGGCUCGCGCAGUGCCAGCAAUGCCAGUGCGUAUUCCAAAAAGGUUCCAAAGCUCAAUCGAACGCCAUCAUCAUGCGCACGCUGUGCAGGAGACAGCGAUGAAGUGAAGACUGGCUUGCAAGAAGCCGAUGAUGUGCAGAGGCUUUGUGAGUUCGGCGCAAAAUCAAUGACUGCUGCGACGGUGGAGAGCGCAACCAUGGUUACUAGCAGCAACUUCUCUACACGAAUCAUUGCCCCUGGACUGCGACACACUGGCUUGCGCGAGCUCGUACAAUUCGUGAUCAAUGAAGGCCUGAAGGUUGGUGGGCGGCCAGAUUCCACGGUUGCGAAUGACACGGAGACCGGCGAAGUAAUUGAAGUACGGAAUAGAGGAUCGGAUGGCGAAAUCGGUCAGAAGCUGAUUGAGUGGAGCAUCGACCCGGCUGUGCCAGUCUCAAUGUUCAUCGACGAGAAAGACCUUAGCAAGCUGAUAUCGUGCGUUUUCUUGAACGCCUUGAAGUUUACAGACAAGACCGAUGGCCGCAUCAAGAUCAUUGCGCGAAUGAGCAAGACUAACCGCUUCAUCUCGAUCAAGAUCUCGGACAACGGACCAGGCAUUCGCGCAGCGUUCCUUCCUCAUUUGUUCAAGCCUUUCUCUCAGCAGAACGGCUCGAUCACGAGGUCGAGUGAAGGUCUAGGCCUAGGAUUGCUGGUGGCAAAGGGUAUUGCGAGGAAACUCGGGGGUGACCUGAACUGCACAAGAGCUGUGACUGAUGGUCCUCAACAUGGCUCCGAGUUCGAGAUCAAAGUGCCUUUGCAUGCGGGAGAGACCAUCAGCCGACCAUCGUCGCCAUUUGCAUCACCUAUGCCACGCAGAGCCGAAGCGAGCAACAGUGUGUCACCUCGAUUCCGCGCACUCACUCCCGCGCCAGGCAGCCCGCGCUCAUCAUCACGCGCGUUGCACGAGGUGGUUGGUGAAGAGGCCCAGACCGACAGCCAUGAAGGCUCGGAAACGAUGCAGGCGACAACGCCUCCGUCACCGCGCUCGCAGAUCGUGCACGUCACUUUACCGGAUGCUGCAAUUUCAUCCGAUAGCGAUGAUCUAUCACCGGCUCCAACUCCAGAUACGACCCCAAGCCCGACAGGAGAAAUCCUCAGGCCAAAGCCUCGCCCACGUACCUCGGAUUCUGCAAACACGAUCGAUCGCGAACUAGCCAAGAAGUACCCUCUCAGGUUCCUCGUGGUAGAAGAUAAUGCACUCAACCGCAAGAUCCUGGUUAGCAUGCUCGGCAAAAUGGGCUACCAAAACAUUCUCGAAGCGCACAAUGGAGGCGAAGCAGUACGACAAAUGAGCGCAUCUAUUGAAAGCCAAAACUGUGUCGACGUUGUGCUCAUGGAUAUUUGGAUGCCAAUCAUGGAUGGCUUCGAAGCAACGCGGCGCAUUCUCACAAUGGCUGGUUCGCGGAAAGUUACCGUACUUGCUAUCACCGCCGACGUGACUGACGGCGCCAUGGAACGAGCUACUGAAGUCGGCAUCAAGGGCUUUAUGUCUAAGCCCUACAAGAUGACUGACUUGCAAAGGUUCAUUCUCCAAUACAUUGUAUCGGACGAGGAGGUCGCAGCAAGCCCGACUCCAGCAUCAACCGAGAUUUCGGUGUCGUGAUCAUAUCCAAUGAGCGAAGCAUACCUGUGCUUCGGAACUCCCGGCGAUACAAAUUGACAGAAACCGGCCAAACCCCACGGGUCUGGUCCGAACAACACAACAACGUGGCUCACGCACAAUGAGCAGCCAUACCACAACACACCAGAAAGAACAGAGAACAAUUCUUGUAUACACCUUUUUAAAUUAUUUGAAGACACGCGGAAUGAUUUGAAGAAGACAAAAGGAAGGAAAGAAAUAGAUACCCCUUGAGCCGCAGGUUGUGCUCAACAGGAUGGGAAAUCUCACGAAUAUGGACGGAAGGAAUGGUUUACAAACACUUAAUCUUCGGCUAUUAGGGUAUACAGGAAAGAUCUUUCUUGGAAGAAGGCCGGUAGACAUGGCCCCAGAGGUGUAUAGAGAGCUUUGAUAGCUCGGGGUUGGAU